AUGUCAAAACAAGAAGAAAAGGAUUUUAACAAUUUAGCCAGUGUUAAAGAAAAAAUUAAAACUCUUUGUUUUAUUCAACAAGGCUAUACUGGUAAAGUAGUAAUAGAGAACUUUCCUGAUUUAACUCAAUUAAACUUAGACUUUCCAGUUGAAGAGUUAAAAGCAAAGAACCUAAGAACUAUCUCUUAUAGCGAUAAUCCUUUAACUGCCGAGGAAAAAACAAGAUUAGAUGCUUUGGGAUUAGAAGAUACCAUAAAAAGAAGUAGGGUAGAUGGUGAUGCUCAAACUUGGUUAGAUACUAAGUAUCCUCUUGACAAAAGAAGUGAAGUGGAGAAACUAGACUUGAGUAAUUUAGGAUUACAAGGAGAAUUAAACUUAGAAGGAUUUACUAAUUUAAAGAGUUUAGAUUGUAGUGAUAAUGAACUAACUGAUUUGGAUUUGUAUGAGUGUAAGAAAUUGGAAUAUUUGGAUUGUUCAAAUAAUUAUCAAAAUGAAGAGGGAAUUGAUUUUUUAGAUGUUAGUGCAUGUAAGGAAUUAAAAGAAUUACAUGCUAAUCAUUGUAGUUUAAAUUUGACUAAUAAUAAAAAAUUAAAGCACAUUUACUGCUAUGAAAAUCAGAUUGAAGAACUAGAAGUAAAGCAUUUAACAGAAUUAGAGAACUCAUUUUGUUAUCAUAACAAUUUGAGAAAAUUGGAUUGCAGUGGACUAAAAAACUUAAAAGAUUUAUAUUGUGCUAAUGCUUCCAUUGAUUUUGACAAUUUACUAAAAACAUUGAAUGUUGAUGGUUGUGAAGCACUAGAGAAUUUGGAUUGUGCAGAAAAUAAUGGUCUGAAUGAAUUAAAUCUUAUUAAUUUACCUAAACUCAGUUUUGUUUCUAUUAAAGAAUAUGGUCUUAAUCAACUUGAAAUCAAAAAUUGUCCUAGUUUGGAUUCAUUUUCUGGCAAUAAUGUAAUUAUUUUUUCAAAACAAUUAUGGAAUUUUAAAACAACCCUUGCAUCUUAA